GUUUUCUAGUAAUUAUAAGUGCCACAGUAAGAGUUGAAAAAAAUUACAUUUGAAAUGGGUGCUUUAAUUUUUCAUCCAGCUGCAAUAUUUGGAGCUUUGGUGGUGGCUAUAAGCUCAAUUGGUUUCUUCCCUAGUGUUGUGAUUGCAUAUCCUGGACCCAUUACAAGGCACUACACAUUUGAUGUAAGGUUGCAAAAUGUGACAAGGUUGUGCCACACAAAGGCCAUGGUGACAGUUAAUGGAAGUUUCCCGGGGCCUCCCAUCUAUGCUAGAGAGGGAGAUCGAUUAGUAAUUAAAGUGAUCAAUAAUGUGAAGAAUAAUGUCAGCCUUCACUGGCAUGGAAUUAGACAAGUUCAAAGCCAGUGGGCAGAUGGACCAGCAUACAUAACUCAGUGUCCAAUCCAAAGAGGGCAGAGUUAUGUUUACAACUUCACUUUAAAUGGGCAAAGAGGGACAUUCUUUUGGCAUGCUCACAUUACGUGGCUAAGAGCUACCCUUUAUGGACCCCUUAUCAUCCUUCCCAAGCAUAAUGUUCCCUACCCUUUUGCCAAACCAUACAAGGAAAUUCCAAUCAUGUUUGGUGAGUGGUGGAAUUCUGAUUCUGAGGCAGUAAUCAACCAAGCUCUUCAGAAUGGCGGUGGUCCAAAUGUUUCUGAUGCAUACACUCUUAAUGGUUUCCCCGGCCCAUUAUACAACUGUUCUCAAAAACAAAAUGAAAGUUUGAAGCUAAAGGUGAAGGCAGGAAAAACAUAUAUGCUGCGACUAAUCAAUGCUGCACUCAAUGACGAACUCUUCUUCAGCAUAGCAAACCACAGUGUGACAGUUGUUGAAGCCGAUGCACUUUAUGUCAAACCAUUCAAAACCAACAUUGUAGUAAUAGCACCGGGUCAAACCACAAAUAUUCUCCUCAAAACAAAACCACACCCUCCACACUCACGUUUUCUAAUGGCAGCAAGGCCUUAUUUCACCGGCACCGGAACCUUCGACAACACCACCACUGCCGGUAUUCUUGAGUAUUACACAACUACUACUACUACUACUUCAAAAGACCAUAAUGCCCCUGUAAUAAGACCUACCCUCCCUCCCAUCAAUGACACUGCUUAUGUUGCCAACUUCACUUCCAAAUUCCGCAGUUUGGCAAAUGAAAAGUUUCCAAUCACAGUCCCUCAAACUGUGGACAGAAGCUUCUUCUUCACCGUAGGCCUUGGAACCAAUCCGUGCCCUAAAAACCAGACCUGCCAGGGUCCUAACGGUACCAAGUUCGCGGCUUCUAUGAACAACGUUUCGUUUGUACUGCCUAAUACUUCGAUGCUUCAGUCCUAUUUCUUCAAGAAAUCAAAUGGGGUUUUCACCACUGAUUUCCCAACCAGUCCGUUGAUCAAGUUCAAUUACACAGGCACCCCACCAAACAACACCAUGGUCAUGGAUGGAACGAAAGUGGCGGUGCUUCCGUUCAACGCUAGCGUGGAGGUGGUGCUGCAAGACACAAGCAUCCUUGGAGCUGAGAGUCACCCUCUUCAUCUUCAUGGAUACAACUUUUUCGUGGUUGGGCAAGGUUUUGGUAACUUUGAUCCCAAGAAAGACCCUGCCAAGUAUAACCUUGUAGAUCCACAAGAAAGGAACACUGUGGGAGUGCCAUCUGGAGGCUGGGUAGCAAUUCGUUUCUUUGCGGAUAAUCCAGGUGUGUGGUUUAUGCACUGCCACUUUGAAGUGCACUUGAGCUGGGGUUUGAAGAUGGCAUGGAUUGUGGAAGAUGGGAAGCUCCCUAAUCAAAGGUUACCUCCUCCACCGGCGGAUCUUCCCAAGUGUUGAUGGAUGUAAUACUUCACGUUAUUAUUUUCAGCCUGCAAGAUUGGAUUAUUCCCCACCAAAUAAUAGUGACUUGGGUUUUUCACUUUCUUCUUUUUUUUUUUAAACUUUCUGGAAGAGAUUGUUUUGGAACGGAAAGUUUUGCUUUGUAUUGAGUUUGAAUGCUUCGUUGAGAAGCUUCCUUCGGUUGUAAUCAUCUAACAUUGUGCAUGAGAAAAUAAAUCUUUCAUC